AUGGGGAACCCUCUUGGUGAAGGGCGUUUCGGUCGUGUUUAUAUGGCAAGAGAAAAGACAAGUAAGAAAAUUGUUGUUAUCAAAGUAAUAUUUAAAAAGAAUUUCGGGAAAAUAAUAUGGUAUCCUAAUUUCUUACGCUUAUAUGGAUAUUUUCACGAUAAGCAUCGUGUAUUUUUGGUGUUGGAAUAUGCCGAAAAUGGAGAAUUGUAUAAGCAUCUUCAAAAAGAUGGGCCUUUUACAGAACAUAAAGCAGCAAAAAAAGUCAUUCAUCGAGAUACGAAGCCAGAAAAUAUAUUAUUGUCAAGUGAUGAUAAGAUAAAGAUUUUGGAUUUCGGAUGGGUGAUUCAUACACCAGACGCAAGUCAGAGACGUAUGACAUUCUGUGGUACGCCUGAUUACUUGGCACCUGAAAUGAUCAAAGACACGGGUUAUGACCAAAAGAUAGAUUCGUGGACGCUUGGAGUGUUGUGUUAUGAAUUUUUGGUUGGGGAACCUCCUUCUAUGGUUGAAGACUUAUGUGAAACUUAUAAAAAAAUUGCCAUGGUAGAUUAUAAAAUACCAAAUAUUAUGAAAUUUUUGAAAAAAAAAAUUUAA